AGUGAAAAUUGUGAGGUUCUAAAACACAAGAAAGCCUCUUGGGCGCAAAAUUCUGUUUCAUCUCUGGAGUACUCCCUGAGAAUUUUUGUGUGCCAUGUCGAAGAAACGCAAAUGGGAUGAUGACUAUGUUCGUUACUGGUUCACCUGUACAACAGAGGUUGAUGGAACUCAGCGCCCACAGUGUGUAUUGUGUAACUCAGUAUUUUCAAACGCUGAUCUCAGGCCAUCAAAACUAUCAGACCAUUUUAACAGACAGCAUGGUGGUAUAGCUGGGCAUGAUCUCAAUAGCCUGAAGCAUGUGCAUACACCGUCUGAUCAGAAUGAAACCUUGAAAGCAUUUGGAGUUGCAUCUCAUGAGGAUGCCUUAUUACAAGCAUCUUAUCAGUUUGCAUACUUGUGUGCCAAGGAGAAGAAUCCUCAUACAAUAGCUGAAAAGUUAGUGAAACCUUGUGCACUGGAAAUAGCACAAAUAGUUUUGGGACCAGAUGCACAAAAGAAACUUCAGCAGGUACCCUUAUCAGAUGAUGUGAUCCAUUCUAGGAUUGAUGAAAUGAGCCAGGAUAUCUUACAACAAGUUCUAGAAGAUAUCAAAGCCAGUCCUUUUAAAGUGGGUAUUCAGCUUGCUGAGACAACUGACAUGGAUGACUGCAGUCAGCUAAUGGCAUUUGUGAGAUAUAUAAAAGAAAGAGAGAUUAUAGAAGAAUUUCUGUUCUGUGAACCAUUGCAGUCAACCAUGAAAGGAAUAGAUGUGUUCAAUCUCUUCAGAGAUUUCUUUCUGAAACAUAAGAUAGCACUUGAUGUAUGUGGCUCAGUUUGUACUGAUGGUGCCUCCUCUAUGCUAGGAGAAAAUUCAGAAUUUGUUGCCUGUGUGAAAAAAGAGGUUCCUCAUAUCGUGACCACACAUUGUUUGUUGAAUCCUCAUGCCCUUGUCAUAAAGACAUUGCCUACAAAAUUGAGGGAUGCUCUGUUCACUGUGGUGAGAGUAAUAAAUUUCAUCAAAAGGCAAGCUCCAAAUCAUCGCCUAUUUCAGGCUUUCUUUGAAGAGAUUGGUAUAGAAUAUAGUGUUCUCCUUUUCCAUACUGAACUGAGGUGGCUUUCCCGAGGCCAAAUACUCGCUCAUAUUUUUGAAAUGUAUGAAGAAAUAAAUCAGUUUCUUCACCACCAAAGCAGUAAUUUAGUUGAUACCUUUGAAAAUAAAGAGUUUAAGAUUCGCCUAGCGUACCUUGCAGAUUUAUUCAAACACCUGAAUGAACUUAGUGCAUCUAUGCAAAGGACUGGGAUGAAUACAGUAUCAGCUAGGGAGAAGUUAUCUGCUUUUGUUAGGAAGUUUCCAUUUUGGCAAAAACGAAUUGAAAAAAGAAAUUUCACCAACUUUCCUUUUCUUGAAGAAAUAAUUGUUUCGGAUAAUGAAGGAAUAUUCAUUACAGGUGAAAUAACACUGCAUCUGCAACAGUUGAGCAACUUCUUCCACGGAUAUUUUUCUGUUGGAGAUCUUGAUGAGGCAAGUAAAUGGAUACUAGAUCCAUUUCUUUUUAAUCUUGAUUUUGUUGAUGAUGGUUAUUUAAUGAAAAAUGAUCUUGCUGAAUUACGAGCUAGUGGCCAGAUCCUAAUGGAAUUUGAGACAAUGAAGCUUGAGGAUUUUUGGUGUGCUCAAUUCAUGGUGUUUCCAAACCUUUCAAAGACAGCUCUUGAUAUACUUACACCAUUUGCAACUACAUACCUUUGUGAGUUGGGAUUUUCAUCACUUUUACAUUUUAAAACAAAGUCCAGAAGCUGCUUUAAUCUGAGUGAUGACAUCCGUGUGGCUAUUUCAAAAAAAGUUCCUCGUUUCUCAGAUAUCAUUGAACAAAAGCUACAACUACAGCAGAAGUCACUGUGAGCUGAUUGACUUUUUGAAUGUACAGUUUUUAAUAUAUUCUUAAUAUUGUAAAGUUAAGCUGUAAUUCUUUCCUUUUAUGUUUAUGGUAUACUGGAUUCUAUGUUUAAAAUUUUUAGCAACUUAAACUUUGAAUUAGGCAUGUGAAAAUAAUGUUUUGAGACUAAGAACACAACAGAAAAGAUGAAGUA